AUGAGUUCAUACAAGGGCUUUUCUACCAAAGCUAUUCACGCUGGGCAAGAUCCGCAGCAGUGGAGUCAUUAUGCAUUGAUACCCCCUAUAGUGAUGUCCACUACUUUUAAACAAGAUAUUCCAGGCCAACCUAAUGGUUUUGAAUAUGGCAGAAGUGCCAAUCCAACACGCAAUGUGUUAGAAGCAUGCCUGGCUGCUUUGGAAGGUGGCAAAUAUGCAAUCACCCAUUCCUCUGGCUUAGGAGCUUUAACAACAAUAACAGGUUUGUUAAAAUCAGGAGAUCAUCUUAUCUCUGGAGAUGACAUUUAUGGUGGAACCAACCGUUACUUCCGUCACCACUUAAGUAAGCAGAACAAUAUAAAUGUUACAUUUGUGGACAUGGUCGACCCAGAAAAUGUUAUCAAUGCUUUAAAACCAAACACUAAGAUGAUAUGGUUAGAGACGCCGACGAAUCCCUUGCUAAAAAUCAUAGAUAUCAAAGCUAUUGUUAAUUCUGUAAGGUCUCGCAGGCCAAACAUCAUAAUAAUUGUCGAUAAUACUUUUUUAACAUGUUACUUCCAAAAACCCUUGGAUCUCGGCGCUGAUAUAGUGAUUUAUUCCUUGACGAAAUACAUGAACGGUCAUUCAGACGUAAUCAUGGGGGCGGCAAUUACAUGCCGGGACGAUCUCGGGGAAAGAAUGCGAUAUUUACAAAACACAAUGGGAAUUGUCCCGUCACCAUACGACUGCGGCCUGGUCAAUCGAGGUUUGAAAACGCUCGAGAUCAGAAUGAAAGUGCACAUGGAGAACGGUCUGGCCAUAGCGAAAUUUUUGGAGAGCCAUUCUAAAGUGGAGAAAGUGCUUCAUCCAUUACUUUCUUCGCAUGCACAACACAAACUUGCCCUGGAACAAUCAACUGGUCACAGCGGAAUGGUUUCUUUCUACCUCAAAGGCGAUAUCAUGGAGUUCUUAAAGGCACUUAAAAUAUUUGCUUUAGCCGAGUCGUUAGGCGGUUACGAGUCAUUAGUUGAAAUACCAUCUCUCAUGUCACAUGCAGCUGUACCUCCAGAAAUGCGAGAACAAUUAGGCAUUACCGAUAACCUAAUUCGCUUGUCUGUUGGCAUUGAGACGAAAGAGGACCUUAUAGCAGAUCUUCAGAAAGCAUUGGAUGUUUGCUAAUGAAUCUAAUACCAGCUAUUUUAAAUAGCAACAUAUAUAUAUUUUAAUUAAUACUUGCAUAUAUUUUAAUUAAUACUUGCAUAUAUUUUAAUAUAUAUAAUUUGACGUUAACCUUUAUAUUGUUACAUAUCUCUAUGUAGUAAGAUAAACGCAAGAAUAACGCAAUGAAAAAAUCUCUAAUAGGUACAAAGACUUUAUUUUUAUAAAACAUUUUUACAUUCCAUAAUUCUCAAAUUCACAUUAGGAACACUGUAUAGUACAGCAAUAGAUACUUUUUGACACAUGUAAUCACUAGUUUCCAUUUCGGUUUUCUGCGACUGUCAGAGUCCCGAAAUAAGAAAGAAUUCAGUUUCGAGAUGCCAAUAAAUUAAAUCUGAAAGUGCAAUUUAAUUAAUAUAUUACGGACUUUGAGGUGAAAAAAAUGCUUCAGAUAGAGAGCGCAAGUAAAAGUUAACACAAUCGACAUUUAAUCAAUAUAGACAAUCUUCACUAGUCAUACGCUUGGUUCCUUAGUAAAUUUUUCAUGUCACUAAUACUGAAUUCUUUAACUUUGAAUGGAAUACUGCCGUAUAAAAACCGGGUGUAACCGUUUGUACUACCAAUGCAAUAUGCAAUACAUUUGGUGCUGUGACACGUUUCUCUUAUUUGUAUGAUGUAUUUUGAAAAGAGCCGACAUCUGAAAUAUAUGAAUGUCUAGUUGAAACUUGACUUGAAAAAGUGUUUAAUGAACUUUAUAAAUCUUAAUAAAUAUUAAAUGUUUACGAAAGAACAUGCAUUAUAUAUGAUACAAAAGCGAAAUUAAACGGAAUUAUAUACUUCGGACGUCGGCUCUCUUUCUUCCAAGAUACAGAUAUAUGGAUGUAGAUUUAAAAAAAAUUUGUCCUACUGCAGGUUAAUCUUUGACGAAUGUCGUAACUUCGUUCUGCUUAUUCUGUCGUAUUCUUGAGCCCGGUUGUACAACAAUACGCCCGCUAUCACCACCGAAGUGCCGAGCGCCGAUAAUCCUGUCACUGGAUUGUUGAACAACAAGACGGAGAGCCAUAUCAGGAAGGCUCUCUUUGCGGUAUUCGCGACGCUGGAAUAUCGAUACAUCGUAUUCGAGAGUUACGAGUGAAAUGUUUUUUAAGGCUCACAGCUACUCGCCGCAGUCAUCUUGAUUUAUGAAGUCAAAAGAGCGAAAAAAUGCAUCUGUAAAAUUCCUAAAAAGAAUUUUGGGUAUGCAUUUUGCAUCAAUCAAGAGUCCCGUGACAAGUAGUUGGAAUUCUUAAUCUGUACGCGCGAAGAAAAACGCGUACCUGUGUGUCACGGGACUGAUAUAGUCCAUAAGUACAUAAGCAGUGAUACUCUGAAAGUGGAAGAACACCCCGUUGAGAAGGAAUGCCGCGAAUAACUUAAAACUCAGGGAAUGUUCCAACGUUGGUAGAUCGACCAACAGUACCGAUACGGGUAUUUGUACCACAAUUGACGCUAAACUGGUAUAAAACUGUAACUCUGCCGGUCUGAAAAAAAUAAUGAGACAUUCUUUUUUCUUUA